AGUGACUGAGGAGAGUUAGUUUCAGUUUGUUUUCUGCUCCGGGCCGGAUGGUCCCUGAGCUCAGGGGGUUUGCUAGAGCCGCUGUAUCCAGGCUUUUCUGAGAGCAGGAAUGCAGAGCACCGUUAAUUACCUCUGGUCACUCAGUGACAUCCUUGGACAGGGAGCAACUGCCUGCGUGUACAAAGCACGUCACAAGAAAACCGGUGAUCAGUAUGCUGUCAAAGUAUUUAAUCAUGUCAGUUACCUGCGUCCUUAUGAAGUGCAGAUGAGAGAAUUUGAAAUGUUACGGAAAUUAAACCACAAGAAUAUUGUAAAGCUGUUUGCAGUGGAGGAAGUGGGAACCAGUAAACAGAAGGUGCUGGUAAUGGAGUACUGUGCUGGUGGGAGUUUGCUCAAUGUUCUGGAAGAAUCAGAAAAUGCAUUUGGAUUAUCAGAAGCUGAAUUUCUGAUUGUCCUGGAAAGUGUUGUUGGUGGAAUGAACCAGUUGAGAGAGAAUGGAGUGGUCCAUCGAGAUAUUAAACCAGGGAACAUCAUGCGUGUGGUUGGGGAAGAUGGCCAAUCCAUUUAUAAACUGACAGAUUUCGGAGCUGCUCGGGAACUCGAAGAUAAUGAACAGUUUGUCUCAUUGUAUGGGACUGAGGAGUAUUUGCACCCAGACAUGUAUGAACGUGCUGUUCUUCGGAAACCUCAGAAGAAGGCGUAUGGAGUUACGGUGGAUUUGUGGAGCAUCGGUGUGACAUUCUACCAAGCUGCCACCGGCAGCCUACCCUUCAUUCCAUAUGGUGGACCACGCAAGAACAAGGAGAUGAUGUAUAAAAUCACAACUCAGAAGCCGGAGGGAGCGAUAGCAGGGGUGCAGCACAGAGACGAAGGGUCAAUCGAGUGGAGCCAUGAGCUGCCAGUCAGUUGUAGACUGUCCCGGGGUUUGAAGAACUUGUUAGUUCCCAUCCUUGCCAAUAUCCUGGAGGUGGAUCAGACCAAAUGUUGGGGAUUUGACCAGUUCUUUGCAGAAGCCAAUGACAUUCUCCACAGAACAGUGAUCCACAUCUUCUCCUUGCAGCAGGCUCUGAUGGUCAAAACCUACAUCCAGUCCUACAACACAACCAACAUAUUGAUGGACGCUCUCUUCAUACAGACAGACAUCUCCCCUCAGAAUCAAGAGUUUAUUUAUGAGGGUCAUCGCUUGGAGUUGGAAUUGUCUCAACAGGUGCAGUUACUUCCUAAAACAACAGAAGACAGGCCCAUCAUCCUGGUGAGCACCAAGCCUGAGGCUCUCAUUGGAGUUAUCUACAAAGAGCCUGAGAUACCACUGUUUCCUCCAAAAUUUGAUGUUAUCAAUGAUGCAAGUCUCGCAAAGACGGUGGCCAGUGCUGUUCACCAGCUGCUGAGGAUCACAAAGUCUCUGAUGAAAUGUCAGGACCUGAUUCUGCGAGGGACCUAUUGGUUAAUUGCAAUUUUGAAGAAAGAAUGUGGGACAAUCCAUCAGCAAUUGACAAUGUUGAAUCUGAAGCUAAGUUUCUGUCAGAACACCAUGGUGCAAGUCCACAAACUAUAUGGGCCACUGACUCAGGAUCUGACGGAAAUGGGAGUUCUUCAUGUUAAGCUGCAGUCAGCUCAGGAGUUUAUUGUUACCGGCUCCCAUAGUGUUCAAAGCGUUCAGAAGCAAUUGGAGCAGAUCACAACUGAAUGGUGCCAGUGCCGAGACUUACAUCAUGCAGACAGCACAGUUGGAAAAGUGGAAGUUUUACUGAAGAAUGUUUCUUCUAUUCACCAUCAGCUCAGAAAGGACCGAGUGAAGAUGAAACUUCAAUACAAUGAUGAGCAAAUCCAUAAAUUUGAGAAGAUCAAAAUGGGAAUGCAUACAAAGAAGGUGCAGAAGUUAGUCAGAGAGGAUUGUGUCCAGAAAUAUCAAAAGUUGUUGGCUUCUACUAAAGACUGGAUGAGGAUAUGCUGUGAGACCCGAAAGCAACUGAUUACCUUUAAAAACCAGAGUGUGAACUGCAGUCAGGAGCUGGAGAAACACGAAGUUCAUUUGAAAAAGAUAUUAGACCAAGGGCUGCUGAGGCUUCAAGCAGAACAACAAUCUGUGACUAAAAUACCAGCUCCUAGUGAUGGCUCUGAGCAGAAAUGCAUGGAUAUGACAAUCAGAAUGAAGCAGCUCAAAAAGGAAAUGGAAGGUGUGCUGUGGGAAUUGGAACAGAACAACUUGAUCAUCGAGAGGCUCAGUGUCCAGAAGCCUCACUGUGUCUGAGACCCACGCAUUGAAGAUAGAUGUGAUGGGGGCGUGGUGUCUUUUGUGCUGUCACUUUAUAUUUCAUUGCCACGACAUUUGAAGGAUCAUGAUGUGGCUGAACUAGUACCAAAAACUUGCUGGAUAUACUUAUUAAAGAGCAAAAUAAUGGUCAAACUGCACCCUCCCACUUCCUGGAUUGUGUAAAAUAGACAACUGAGUUUACAUCUCUCUGCAAUUUCAUUUCAGCAACUUAUUGGAAAGAUAAAUCAGGAAAAAUGGCUCCUGCCUUGCUAACAUCCAUAUCAAACUAUUGAAGAAAGGAACAAUCUAUUGCACUGUAUGAGUAAUCGCAUCAGAAACGCUUAUAGCUAAACCUAAUGAAAAUCAAUAUUUGUGAGUAUAUGUGACUCAAUUUGUACUCCCUCACCCUUCAGAAUGGGGACAUUGUGAAGAUUAGCUUCAUUAUUGAAUACUCAGGGAAGCUAAUGACAUUGAACAUUAAAUGGAGGUUGCUUCUAUCAGCAAUAAAACAUCAAAUGACUCUACACUAUCAAUACAAAGUGAACAAUCUUCCUCUCUCCUUUCUCGAUCUGAAUCAGUCACCCUACAACACAAUCGUCAUCGAUUCCUGGAUCCACUGAAUCUCACUUGACUCCAGGUCCACGGAUAUUGGCUCCUGUCCCAAAUCAGAUCACAUGGUCAUUCUGCAUCAGUGUAGACAGCGAGUGUUGGAGAGAUGUGCAUCUCUAGGAGCUACAGUGAUCAAGUGUUGUCCUCUCCUGCUAUCAAUGCACAUUCAGAAGACACUAUGGUACAAUGCAUCGCCUAGUUGUACCUGUCCAACUACAUUCUGUGUGUUGUUCAGACCAGAAUCAAUCCUGGGAUCUUCCUAAACUCCAUAGUUCAACUUCACCAAGAAAUGCACUGUAGAACAAGAGGAGUCCCUACUGUUCCAUUCUAUCAGAUCCUGGCUGAACUGUGCUCCGGUCCCAUUUUCCUACCUUUACUUCAUAUUCCUCGAUGCUCUUGUCUAACAAAAUCUCUCAUCUCAAUCUUGAAAGUUACAGCUGCCACCCAGCACUUGCAAUCUUUUGGAGAUGUGUCCAAUAUUCAACUCUUUUAGAAGACUGAUUGCUGUUUUCAAUUCUUUAUGACCUGGCUCUGAUGUUAAAGGUCCUGCCCCUUGUUUUGGGUCCCAACACCACAAGCAGGUGAAUCACCCAAACACAUGGGGAUACCAGCUCUGUCCAUACAACGGUGUGGUCAUAAUUGAUACCUCAACGUUAAUCAGCUCAUAUCGCACUGAUUCCACUCAUAUCAUUCCUGUCCAGAAAUUGAAAGGUGGUUCUCCAAAUAGGGUCUGACUAAGGCUGUGUACAAAUGAAGCAUUUUUGAAAUAAAAACCAUUAAUCAAUUAAAAAACAAAGUACUGUAAAU